AUCCGUACGUGGGAAAGCAGUACGCCAUUCGGAUAGGCAGCAUCAAAACAGCCGUGGGCCGGGACUGGCAGAGUAAACAAAUGAUCGUAUAGUGACUAGCUAGCAAACACGCUAGUAAAGCCAGGAGAGGGCUGGAAAGAUGGCAUCGGCUGAUCAACCUGAUCCUCAAACUCAGCCUGGCGUUCCGUCCGGAGACGAUGCAGCGGUCCCCAGAGAAGCGCUGAUAUCCACAGCCGUCAAAUUCCUCCAGAACCAGAGAGUACGGCAGAGCCCCCUGGACACCAGAAGAGCUUUCCUGGUGAAGAAAGGACUGACCGGUGAGGAGGUGGAGUUGGCCCUGCAGCGUUCCGGCAGCACAGAUGACAGCCAGGCCCUCAGCCCUGUGGGGCUCCCUCUCCACACCCCCCACCUGGCUCCUGUACCGCACAGUUCCCCAGGUUACCGAUGGAGAGAUUACGGAGCCCUGACUGUCUUCAUGGUGGGCGUGGCCUUCGGCUUCCAUCACCUGUACCGGAAAUACAUCCUCCCCCUCAUCGUGGGCAGCCGAGAAGACAAGCAACAUCUGCAGAGGAUGGAGAGCAGCGUUGCAGCCAUGAGUGGCACGGUGACACAGACAGUGUCCCAGCUCCAACAGACCAUGGCUACGGUUCAGGACCUUCUGGUCCAGCAACAGGAGAAGAUCCAGGGCCUGUCCCAGGAACUGGUCUCUUCCGAGGCUUCCAUGGCAACCAACCGAAUCCUGGACACCCAGACCAUCGCAGAGCUGAAGGCAGAGAUGGCGUCUCUGAAAGGCUUGCUGCUCAGCAGGAGGCAGUUUCCCGCCUCUCCCUCCGUCCCAAAGAUCCCGUCGUGGCAGAUCCCCCUGAAGCCCUCCCCCGUGCCCCCCUCCCCCUCCCUCAACCACACCAACAGUAGCAGCGACAUCUCCCCCGUCAGCAACGACUCCGCCUCCUGCUCCCCCAUCAAAGAUGGCCGCCACAGCCCCCAGGAUGCCCUGGGGGGGCCCGACGGGGCCCACGCCGUCAACGGAGACUUGGGCCCCGGGGGUCUGGGGGCCUCCUUGCCUCUGGACCUCAAGGACCAGGUCCGCAUGGAGGUCCAGGGAGAGGAGGAGAAGAAGGAGGAGGAUGAGGAGAAGGAGGAUGAGGAGGAGGAAGAGGAGGAGGAUGUGGGCCACGUGGACGAAGAUGAGGUGCUCAGCGUGCAGACUGAGGACAGGCGCGGAGGCGAUGGACAGAUCAACGAACAGGUGGACAAACUGCGCAAGCCUGAGGGGGCGAGCAACGAGAGCGAGGUGGAUUAGGGCCCCGGUACCCAAACGGCUACUACAUCAACCCCCGUCCCUUUACGUGUGGUUUUCAUUUCAGUCGAAGGUCCCUCUUUUCCUGCACUGCUUUUUGUAUUUUCUCUCUGGACCUGUAUUGAGUCUCUUUGUCUGUCGCCAUCAGUCAUGUGCGGAGAGCAGGGGAACAGGCAGAACAACACGCACACACACACAUACUGUAGUGACCCAGCAAAACGGAACAGUCGUUGCCUCGCGUUCACGAUGACACGCACCUCGGUUCCAUCUUCUUUCCAUCGUGUAACCACAGCGACGGCAUGCGUAGGCAAGGAAAACCAUGUCAACUUUGAGUGGGAUGAUGAAAAACAGCAAUAUUCGAUGCAGAUCAUGGGUAUAUAUAUAUUUUGCAACGGUUUCCUCACUCUCUCUCUCUCUGGGAUUCCUGUUUCUGCCUCGCUCGUACGUUCAUCUUAACAGCAACACGACCUCAAAGGUAGCUUUGAUGUCCUCGUUAUAAAGCUCCUUUCUAAAGGGAGUUUCGUCAACUUCCUGGACACCAAAGAAGUAGAAAUAUGCGUUCCUCUUCCAUUUCUACGACCUCGGCCUGGUGGGCUAGUUUUUCCAUCUGAGAAUCACCAGGAGAGCCCGGGGUGUGUGCAGCACGUCGGAAACAGGCCAGGCCUGGAGCUCCUUCCCUCUUUUAUGUGUCCCGCCGCGUUGGUGUCAGUCUGUCAAUAAUUCAGCAGGCCAGGAGGGUGGCAUUUGGGUGAAAUGAAGCCCUUGCAGUUUGAGAUUAGAAUGCGGCGGGCGCUUUUGUUCCGUCCCAGAGUUACGACAGCUCUCCUACAGUAGGUCCACAUGAGAGGAAUAAAGAGAACCGUUUUCUUUGUAUAUCUUAUUUCCCCUCCCUUUCCCUUUUGUGGAGGCUGAGUGGUGCACAUCUCUAUAUUCAGUGAGAGAAAGAGAAAGUGACAGAUGGGAAGAAGAGAGAGAGACAGAGAGAGACAGAGAGAGACAGAGAGAGACAGAGAGAGACAGAGAGAGAGAGAGACAGAGAGAGACAGAGAGAGACAGAGAGAGACAGAGAGAGACAGAGAGGUUUGGAGAAAACGAGAGGAUCUUUUCUGUCUGUUGAGCUCCAUCCCUCGUCUCCAGCAGGGUGGCUGAUUUGGUUUGUGAAGUAUGUUAAUAAUCAAAUGAUCAACAAAUAACAGAUGUAUUAGUUCAUGCAGCUUGAAAUGUCAAGGAGGCUAAAAGCGGAAAUCUAAUACUGAAAGCCCCUGUUGCAUUAUAUUAUAUUUCACGACAAACCCUCCGGUCCAAAUUAUAUAGGGCCUCCCACAGUGAGUAAUCUUCACGCAAAACGGGCACCAAUAUUUUGUAAUUAAACUGCGGGAGCAGCAAUGAAGGUUGCCACAGAACUUGUGCACGCUUUUUGUGCUGGCUUUUUUUUUUCUUCUUUUCAGGGGUCUGGCCCAGGAAGAGGAGGAGGGAUGGCGGGAGGGGAGGUUGAAAAAAAUAAAAAUCCCGCUGAUUGAAACUGAAAGUAACAAAUGAAUACUUACCUUAUUAGAUUACUCACUCUGCAGCUGAGAAGGAAAGAGAGAGAGAGAGAAAGAAGGGUAUCGCCUCUCUUGUGGCAUUUUCCCUUAACGUCAAAUAGCCUUGAGAGUAAUAGGGUGAAGGCGAAACAUGUCUGAGAGCCACCAGUCAUACCGGCACACAGCCAGGGGCCUGAAUAGCUGUCAUAGACAAGAAGCAACGCGACAGAUGAUAAAACAAAAAUAUAACUGAAGCUAAAUACUGUAACUGACACACUUUGUGAUUGUGGUUUAUUUGAUUGAAGAGCAAAAUAUGACUGUAAAUGACGUUCACAGUGAUAAGAUGGAAAAACUGAAUUGAGAGGUUCUAAGUGUCGCCCCUGCCUUUAAACUACUGUAGUUACACUAAAUGAUCCUCAGUGUAGAAACGUACCCAUCUUAUAAUCAUAGCUGCAGUGUGAACGAACUUCUGAUAUCUAACAGAAAUGUAUAUAAUUGUAAUAAAUUUGGUUAUUUCAUGUGA